AUGUCCCGUCAAUUCCGGCCCACCUGGCUGCUAAUGCCGAGCCUCAGCCCCGACGAGGACUGUAAUCUGAUCAUCGAUAAAUGCACCCAAAUCCAAGGGGAAUACAGAAGGGCUAGGCAAAAGGCGUUGGAUAUCGAGGAUGAUGUGAACGACGCGAAGUUGAGGGCGGCGAGGUCGUUGAUCACGGCCACUGCACCAGCGCGACCCGCUCCUCCGGUUGUACCUCCGCCACCGACUAUUCGCCCGCCGGCACCUAUCGCCUCUUCGUCGCAUUCGAAUGAUGCAAAUGUCCGGAAUAAUCUUGGCGGCGUCGAGCUCGAUCUCCUGCAAUUCCACAAAAUCACCGGUCGCCACGUGAAUUUGAACUCGAUCCAGACGAUGGCGACGAAGAACCCGCACGAGUACACGCAGGGAUAUGUGUUUACGGAGCGGCCCGUAAGGCUGAAUGAGAAGGUGGUCGUUGAGAUUACCCACGUCCAACCACUCUUCACCGGAAGUCUUGCAUUCGGAGUAACAUGUUGCAACCCGCAGUCCCUGCAGGGCAAAGACCUCCCGGAUGACUCGUAUGCCCUCAUCGAGAUGCCCGACUACUUCGUGGGAAUCAAGGACGUCGCCUUGAAUCCAGUAGCUGGCACGACGCUGCAGUUCUGGAUCACUGCCAACGGUGAGGUCAAGAUGCAGAAGGACCAGAAGUCUGCUAGGACCAUCAUGCACGUUGACGCUAGUCUUCAGCUUUACAUGUGGUUUGACGUUUAUGGGGAGACGCAAGGAUUACGGUUGUUGGGCUGCUGCCCACUGGCUCGUGCUCCAAGCACUAGCACCACGGCCGCUUCCACCCCAUCUACCGCCUCCACAGCGAUGCCAACCCGGGUGGCUCUACCGGUGCUCCCUUCAACAACCACGCGACGUCGUCCUGACGCAACGAGCCCUGCCCGCGACAUGGCCCACUCGAACUCGUCGCCGACGCCGUUGAGGGUUGCGCUGGAGGGGUUGAGGAGUUCGGAGUCUGCCUCCGCCUCUUCCCAACGAGCUGCUCCACCUCCUCCGAUGCGCGGCUCGAAUAUUUUCGAUUUGGUUUCUUCUGAUUUGCCGCUUGGAGGCCCACCAGCGUUGGUCCCGAGUGGAAGCUCCUUGACACCUACCCGAAUCUCCUACACCGGCUCUCACGAUUCCAGCCCACAGACAUCGUCCACCAACCCAUUUGCGCCAACUUUGAUGCCUCGACGAACCUCCCCAACCACCCCCACCAUCCCUCCACCUCCCAGGUUGCCGCUACCACCCCGUCCGGCUUCAGAGUCCCCGGCUCGUGCCUCCCCGGCAAAUCUGUCGAUGGCUUCUUCAAUUUCAACGAACACCUUCAUGUCGGCGCCGGCCGGUGGAGCGGAUGAUGGUGAUGAAGCUGACGAGUGCACGAUUUGCAUGAAUGCCAAGAUCAACUGCGUUAUCUACAAGUGCGGCCACAUGUGCAUGUGCUACGACUGCGCCAUCCAGCUGAAAGACCAGCGCGGCGAGUGCCCGAUUUGCCGUAACGAGAUGGCCGACGUCAUUAAGUGUUUCAAGUCA